AUGACUUCCUUGCUCCGAUUGAUAUCCAGAAAAGUAACAUCCAAAUCACUAAAUCAUGGUAUUUCUGGGAGAGUGGCAUCAAUUGGAUUUCUGAACCGGUUCAGCACUAAGGCCGACCAACUCAUAUCUCCAAAAAUAUCACCACCAUGGCUGAUGCUACCACCAUCCACGGAAAGUUAUAACUUCUAUAGCCUUGCGCAGAAUAAAGUUGUAAGUUUGAGCAAAGUAGAAAAAUCCGAUUAUGAUGAUUAUUCAGUGGCCUUGGGAUCCUCCCAUGGCUGGCUAGUUUUGCUUAACAAACGAAACUGCGAUUUGCUUCUCUCGAACCCCGUUUCUAAUCGUCACAUAAAGCUUCCUCCAAUCCACAGCCUGCCCAUUCCCAAAUCAGACUUGAGACGAUGUUUGGGUUGCGUCACCAAGGUCAUCAUCAAUUGCUCUCCGGAGGAUCUAAACUGCCGCGCGGUGAUGAUUUUCGGCCCGUCGAAUAGACUGGCUUUCUGCGUGCCCGGUCACAACACCUCCGGUUGGACCCCAAUCGGCGCUACUACAUACAAAGACGAAGAGGGACGUAAUAUCGCAAGGGAAUACGAGGACGUUGUUUACUCCACCACGAAACAUUUGUUCUUCGGCGUCACUAAAUCCGGCGAUUUCGAGGCUUGGGAUCUCCGUGACCCUCUCGCGCCAAAAAUGACUCUCCUUAACAAGGAAGGAAACAAUCGUGUGUACGAGAGGAGUUACGUGUGUAAAUCGGACAAAGAGCUGCACCUCAAAAUGAUGUGCGAGCCGCUACAACAUCUAGUCAUGGCCCCCACACCGAAUAACUCUGGCGGCGGCGGCGAAGAAGAACAAGUCCUCCUUGGUUUGAAUCGUUAUGUAAUGAUACAAGUAAGGCCCGACGGUUCGUAUGUCGACGACCACGAACCACGUGAUAACGGAAUUAAAUAUCCCUACAUGACUAUUGCUUUUGACGUUCACAAAUACGACGUGGACGCUGAUUCGGUUACGUACAUGGACGGUUCAUUGGACGGUCUUUCACUAUUUGUCGGUGGCAACCAUUCUUUUGCCUUGCCGGCGGCCGGUGACUACCCGGAACUGAAGCCGAACUCCAUUUACUUUACAGAUUCACUCGGACUUCAAUAUUUCAAUACAGAUAGUAAAGAGCCAUAUGGUGGCCAUGAUAUUGGCAUCUACGAUUAUCGAGACGCGACGAUCUCGCCUUGCUAUUAUCCUUGUGACGUCAAGUCUCUCGAAAAGAUUACACCACCACCUAUCUGGUUCACUCCAGCUGCUGCUAACAAUAUUAAUUAA